AUGGCCCUGCAGGUUCCUCCCUCGUCCUUCGACCGGGCUUCCCACACACAGCCUGUGGCGCACCCAUUGGACCCAAUCACUGCCCAGGAGAUCCAGAAGGCGGCGAGGCUAUUUAAGAAUGCCAAUCCAGGGAAAUCCCUCCAUUUCAAGAGAAUUGCGCUCAUUGAGCCGCCCAAGGCGCAACUGCGGCCAUAUCUCCAAGCCGAACUCCGAGGAGAGAAGCCUACGCCUUUGCCAAGACGCAUUGGUGCACUGUACCUGUUCCGUGGCGAGCAAGGUACUUUUGCUGCCGAAGGAAACCUGUCCAGCGAAACAGUUGAGAGCGUCAAGAAGCUGGAUAGUCGGAUUCAUGGCCAAGCUGAUAUCGAUGAGGUUAUUGGCAUGAGAGAUCUGUGCAUGCAACACCCUGCCGUUAAGAAGGAACUCGAGCGUCUCCAGUUGCCCGCUACUGCACGUGUGCAGUGCGACACCUGGCCCUAUGGACGUGAUUCAGGCACUGAGAGCCGGAGACUAAUCCAGUGCUACAUGUAUGCUUGCAACCUCGACAAUGACCAUGCUGGAUCCAACGUCUACGAUUUUCCCCUCGACUUCUCUCCGGUAUUUGACAUGCACACCAAAGACUUGGUCACCAUGUAUUACCUCCCUCUUGGGGCUGAACUUGAAUCAAUCACGCCGCCGCGGGAAGCACAUGUUCCUCACAAGCCGCGGGAGUUCCAUCCCGAUCUCCUGAACACACCUAUCCGCUCUGACCUCAAGCCGCUUCACGUCAGCCAGCCACAAGGGGCUUCUUUCACCGUCGACGGCCAUCUGGUUUCUUGGCAGAAGUGGCGCUUUCGGCUGGGGUUCAACUGGAGGGAGGGCAUGAUCCUCCACAAUGUAACCUACGAUGGCCGUGAACUGUUCCAUCGGCUGAGCCUCGCCGAGAUGUUCGUACCGUACGGCUCUCCCCAAUCUCCAUACCAUCGCAAAUCAGUCUUCGACGUAGGCGACAUUGGAGCAGGUGUAUGUGCCAACGACCUCAAACUGGGCUGUGACUGUCUCGGUCUGAUCAAGUACUUUUCAUUUGUGACCAACAACUCGAACGGCGACCCUGUGGAGAAGCCGAACGCAGUAUGCAUGCAUGAGCAGGAUAACGGCAUCGGCUGGAAGCACACCAACUCGCGUACGGGCGAAGUCAGCAUCACACGCUCCCGCAUCCUCGUCCUACAGACCAUCAUCACCGUGGGAAAUUACGACUACAUAUUCUCAUGGCACCUUGACCAAGCCGCUGGGUUGCACUACAACAUCCAAGCGACCGGCAUACUGUCAACAGCACCGAUCGCGCAUGGUGUCCAAGUGCCGUGGGGGACCAACGUCAACGAAGGCGUGGUUGCCCACUUCCACCAGCACAUUUUCUGCCUCCGCAUCGACCCCUGUCUCGACGGCGACAACAACUCCUUCAUGGAAGAAGACUCGGUGCCUCUCCCCAUGGACGCCAUCACCAACCCCUUCGGCGUGGGCUACGUCACAACCAAGCGCACGCUCGCACGCUCGGGCACCUCGUCCGCAGCCCCCAACCGCGUCCACAAGAUCACCAACCCGGCAACCGUCAACCGCACCUCGGGCCAGCCCGUCGCGUACGCCAUCCACAGCCCGCCCAAGCAGAUGCUGCUGGCCCACCCGGACUCCUUCCACGGCCGCCGCGCCAAGUACGCCCGCCACCCGUUCUGGGUGACGCGCCACCGCGACGGCGAGCUGCACCCGGCCGGCGAGUACACGUACCAGUCCCUGCCGAGCAGCACGGACGAUGGCAGCAGUGGCCUGCCGGACAACGAGGAUCUGGCCGCGUGGGCCGCCAGGGAUGAUCCGGUGGACGGCGAGGACAUCGUCGUGUGGCAUUCCAUCAGCCUGACGCACAACCCCCGCACCGAAGACUACCCCGUCAUGCCGUGCGAUACCAUGACCGUCAGCUUGAAGCCGAGCGGCUUCUUCGAGUCCAACCCGGCGCUGGACGUGCCGCAGAGCACGCAGGAGAGAAAUAGGAGUGUGUUGGUCGUCGACGGCGGCAGUGCGGGCGGUGAGUGCUGCGCCGCGGAGAAGCCAAAGCUGUAG